GAUUUAAGGCACGUGUUCCAUAAUAGUCGGCUUCACCACAUGGCAUCAUGUUAUAUAUUUUUAUGUUAUACAGCAAGCAAAAUAAAAUGGCGAGCUUGACUCUGAAAGUACCGAACUUGAGAUGCUUCUCUGUGUCUGCCUCAUCCAAUGGUACUCUCUUUCUCCAUCGACUACAUUUGUUGUAUGUGGGGGCUCCUCCGGGAGCUGGUUCACAAAGUGGGGGCCCGGUGAUUUCGAAGCUUCCUCCUGAUGAGAUAAGGAGACCCCUAAUGCGAACCAGAGCUAACGAUCCAAACAAGGUGAAGGAACUCAUGGAUAGCAUCAGAGAAAUUGGCCUUCAAGUACCUGUUUCUCUGGUUGUCACCAAUAUGAGGCUCACCAGUGCCUUAGGCUCCCAACCAUACGCUGCAAAGUUAGACGUGGAACAAAAGAAAUGCUCAGGUUUUUGUUUUAAUUAGUCUUGUUAGUUUUCUUCUGAACUUACAAACACAUUUAUGCCCUUGAUAUCUUCAUUUUCCAGGUAUCAUCUACGCUAAAGUGAUAUUCCCUUUCUAGAGUGCAUUUACUGCUGCAACGAUACCAUAUAUACUCCAGGAAAGUCCUGCAAAUGAUGUAUAGUUACAAUUUACUUGUGCAAAUUUCUGUUUAUAUUUUUCCAGUUUCCUUUCCAUUUCUGAAUACUGAAUAUUACAUAUGGAUAGAUACAUACUGCCAACACAAUGCUAGAAAAGGAAUCAUAUGUUACAGUUAGCUCAGUAUCUUCAUAUCUCAUGCAGCAUAUAAAGACAUUACUGUUUU